AUGUCUCAUACAUUGGACUUUGCUUCCCGUUGCAAGCCCGAACUCAAGAUAGACUGCAUCGAAGUUUAUUGUGAUCUAUCCAUGGAAGCUUUACGUACUUGGGAUCUCGGAGUUGCGGACCCGUGGAAGUCGGUAGCUUGUCAGAACCACUGGACUCUCAUCUUUCAUUACGGUCGUCAGAAAGCCGCAGCGACUAAACAUAGAGGAUAUAAUCUGAAAUGGGUUGACAACAUCCUCGCCAAACGCUCUGUAGGUCUCGAGUUUAAGCCCCAACGUUUAUGCCCAAGUAUGAGAGACUUUGUAUACAUGGUGGGUGCACAUGAAUAUCCGGACACACUAAACGAUGACUGUUCUAGCUUCGUAUAUAAUUUCAUUAGCAAGUAUCAGAAAGAAGGGUAUAUUGACGGUCCCUUGGAGAAUUUAAGAGAGUUACUGUUGCAGCCACGGGUUCAUCCUCAGCAACCCGAGAGUGAUAUCGAAGGAUACACCAAGGAAAACGAACACGAGUGUGCACAGACCUAUACCCCAGUCAACGCAGGAACAGAAGACUAUGACUGGCGACCACAAGACAUCAGUCACACUGUGGUGGAAUCCUUUGCACGUCUCGACCUGGCGGGACACAUCACGGCGAUCAGCACGUUAGAAGGAAUAGUGGCGCAGGCACAAAAGAGCUGA